AUGCCUCCGAAGAAGUCGCUUCAACAGCACCUUGCAGAACACGAUGAGUCAUUCCGAGGAGCACUCGCUGACUUUCACCAAGAUUUGCGCAACGUCGUGCGCACCUCCGUCGAAUCCGCUCUCCGCACAGCCCUUCAAGUGAGACAACAACGAGGUCCACACCUUCCUCGUGAUGAUGAACCAAUCUUUGCCGACACACGAGCUGAUCUUCUUCGCUGGGAAAACGGGUUUAAACUCGACCUACCAGAAUUCACGGGUAGUCUUCAACCUGAGGAUUUCAUUGAUUGGCUUAAUACUACUGAAGAAUUGAUGUCUUUCAAGGAAGUUCCUGCAUAUAUGAAAGUAGCCUUAGUUGCAACUCGUUUCGGUGGCCGUGCUUCCGCUUGGUGGCAACAAAUGAAAGACAAACGAGCCCGUCAAGGGAAGGACCGUAUUGUCUCUUGGGAAAAAUUGAAAAAGAAGAUGAGGAAAGCUUUUCUGCCAUUCAAUUACGCAAGAACGCUCUACACGAAACUGCAGAAUUUACUUUCUGAAGCUCAUCAACGAGCUUUGCUCGUGGAACAGAAUACACGUGCCACCGCGCCUUCCUGGAAUUCGUCUAAUCCUCGUUCGCGCAAUACUCUGUUCGAUCCACCAAAACCCUCUGACCCAACACCUGAUCAUGGAACUAAUGCACGGACUACAGACACGACUGACGGUGUUUCAGCACCACGGAACCCACGGUUACCAGUUUUCAAGUGCUUUGGUUGUGGAGAACAAGGUCAUAGACAAUCCUCAUGCCCUAAAGCUCCUCGUCGUGGACUGUUUUCUGAUGAAGAACCUCGCUAUGAUGUUUAUGGUGAUGAAGAAGAGGUGCCUCUCGAUGAUGAAAUCUUCAAUGGUGACACUAGUCGUGUGCUCGUCCUUCAUCGGAACUGUUUGUUACCACAAACAAAUCAAGAAUCUUGGCUUCGUACGAAUCUGUUUAGAUCGACAUGUACGAUAAAUGGGAAAGUUUGUCGCUUUAUGAUCGACUCCGGAAGCUGCACAAACAUCAUCUCGGAAAACGCAGUCCGCAAGUUGGCUCUGACCAUAGAACCUCACCCUUCACCUUACAAUCUUGCUUGGCUUAAUGCUACCACCGAGAUGCGUAUAGCGAGACGUUGUCGUGUGUCAUUCUCACUUGGCCCCAUCUACAAGGAUUCAGUUUUUUGCGACAUAAUGCCCAUGGACGUGUGUCAUUUAUUGCUUGGUCGCCCUUGGCAAUAUGAUCGGAGAACAUGUCAUGAUGGAUUUUCCAACACCUACACGUUUUCUUUUGACGACAAGCGCAUCACGCUAACGCCCACCAAAGAUGUUUCAUCUUCUUCCUCCACUCCUGCUGAAUCUUCUCCGACGCCUCCUCCAGCGACUUCGGGUUCUAAGGUUAUGCUUUUAAACAAAUCUGAGUUUUUUACAGAGCUACGUUCGUCUGAAUGUGUUUAUGUCCUCGUUAACGCUCCAACACAAGACAAAUUUUUGUGUGAAGUUCCACAUGCAUUUCAGACGCUUAUUUCAGAAUUCAAAGACGUUUUCCCGGAUGAAUUACCUGAAGGUCUUCCACCUCUACGAGACAUCCAGCAUCACAUUGACUUUGCGCCUGAAGCUACUCUUCCAAACCGCCCUCACUAUAGGAUGAGCCCAAUGGAACAUGAUGAGCUGCGCCGCCAGGUCGAAGAAUUGCUCUCUAAAGGAUAUCUACGUGAAAGCUUGAGCCCUUGUGCUGUGCCUACAUUGUUGAUCCCAAAAAAAGAUGGCACUUGGCGUAUGUGUGUCGACAGUAGAGCGAUCAACAAAAUCACAAUCCGCUACCGGUUUCCGAUUCCUCGUCUUGAUGACCUUCUUGAUCAAAUUGGUAACGCAUCUAUCUUUACUAAACUUGACUUGAAAAGCGGUUAUCAUCAGAUAAGAAUCCGACCAGGAGACGAAUGGAAGACAGCCUUUAAGACGUGUGAAGGGCUUUUCGAGUGGCUUGUGAUGCCCUUUGGUCUCUCAAAUGCCCCUAGCACCUUCAUGAGAGUUAUGAACCAAGCAUUGAGACCUUUUAUUGGUCGCUGCGUUGUGGUUUACUUCGAUGAUAUACUCGUCUUCAGUGUUUCGCUCGAAGAUCGCCUUGUUCAUCUCCGCGAUGUUUUGUUGGUACUCAGACGUGAGAAAUUAUUUGGUGCCGCAAAAAAAUGUGCUUUUGGAGUUUCUCAAGUGCUCUUCCUUGGAUAUAUUGUUUCUGGUCAAGGUUUAGAAGUUGAUCCAACGAAAAUUUCAGCCAUUAAGUCCUGGCCAGCACCAACUACAAUUACAGAGGUUAGGAGUUUCCAUGGUCUUGCCUCUUUUUAUCGACGGUUUGUUCCACAUUUCAGCAGUGUUAUGUCCCCAAUCACCGACUGCAUGAAGUCUACCUCUUUUGUUUGGACUCCCACUACUAAUGAUGCCUUUGAGCUUAUCAAGACGCGUCUUACCACAGCACCGGUCCUAGCCUUGCCAAAUUUUUCCUUGCCUUUUGAGCUUCACUCGGAUGCCUCCAAAACCGGCAUUGGUGCGGUUUUGAGCCAGCAAGGAAGACCUAUUGUCUUCUUUAGCGAGAAGAUUGCUGGACCACGUAGUCGCUAUAGUACGUACGACGUCGAACUUUACGCGGUUGUUCAGUCCAUCAAGCAUUGGAGACAUUACCUUUUCCACCGUGAGUUUGUCUUGUAUACGGAUCACGAUGCCUUGAAACAUAUGGGUUCACAAGACAAGGUCUCUUCACGUCAUGCUUCAUGGUUCGCCUAUCUGCAACAAUUUACCUUUGUGAUCAAACACACAGCGGGUCAUGCCUUGUUAUCUACACUUCAGGUUUCCAUCACAGGUUUUUCAAUCUUACCAGAAUUGUAUCCGAAUGAUCCUUAUUUUGGGAAGAUUUGGACUGACGCUCAAGUUGGUGUGGGAACCGAUUUUCUUCUCUUCGAUGGAUACUUGUUUCGGGGAGCUCAGCUGUGUGUUCCUGAGUGCAGUCUCAGAUUAAAGAUCAUCUUAGAACUCCAUUCGGAGGGUCAUGUGGGCCGUGACCGUACCUUACAGCUGGUUACUAACUCCUACUUUUGGCCUACGGUACGUCGAGAUGUCGAGCGUUAUGUCUCUCGUUGUGUGGUGUGUCAAGCAGCUAAGGGCCAUGCAUCAAAUGCCGGACUUUAUCUUCCCCUCCCCAUUCCCACUCAGCCUUGGACAGAUAUUAGUAUGGACUUUGUGCUUGGUCUUCCAAGAACACAACGUGGCCAUGAUUCGAUCUUCGUUGUCGUUGACCGCUUCUCAAAAAUGGCUCACUUUAUUCCUUGCAAGAAAACAACGGAUGCUUCUCAAGUCGCCACACUUUUCUUUCGUGAAAUCUACAAGCUUCAUGGUCUGCCAUUGUCUAUUGUUUCUGAUCGCGACUCAAGAUUUCUUAGCCAUUUUUGGCGAUCUUUGUGGAAGCUUUUGCGUACAAGCUUGGAUAUGAGUUCCGCUUAUCACCCACAAUCCGAUGGUCAAAUGGAGGUAACAAACAGAGCUUUGGGUGAUUUAUUGCGAUGCUUGGUUGGUGAUAACAUUCGUUCGUGGGAUGCAAUUCUUUGCAAAGCUGAGUUUGCUCAUAACCAUGCUAAGAAUCGAAGUACAGGGUUUAGUCCAUUUCGUGUGGUGUAUGGUAUGUCUCCACGAAGCCCUUUGGAUCUUUCCUUAGCUCCUGAUCGUACACGUUUGCAUGGUCGUGCUUGUGAUUUGGUCGAUGAGUUCGUUGAUAUACACUCUCAAGUGCGCACUAAUCUGGAAAGGGCCACCGCUAAGUAUAAACAAGACGCUGAUGCUCAUCGUCGUGAUCUUCAGUUUAAAGUUGGUGAUAAAGUUUGGGCUGUCCUUACGAAGGAUCGCUUUCCACCUGGCACCUACAACAAGUUGAAAGCACGUAAGAUCGGACCACUAGAAGUGUUGGAGAAAAUGAAUGAUAAUGCCUAUCGCCUUUGCCUUCCUCCCACAAUGAAUACAGCUGACGUGUUUAAUGUCAAACAUCUGGUACCUUAUGUCGAGCCUCUUGAGAUUGAAAAUUCGGGGUCGAAUUUUUCAAUACCCCAGGGGACCUGA